CUUCUUCUUCUUUUGUCCCAGCACACAUCUUCAGCAGCGGCGGUCGUGCAAAACUCACUCAAAUGGUCCUGUCGGAGGACGAGCGGCACCUGAAGGAGCUCCGCCUCAUGCUCGCGGAUCCCAAGAACCGCAAUUGCUGCGAGUGCGGUGCUCUCUAUCCGCAAUACGCCAACGUCAUGAACGGCACCUUUGUCUGCGAGCGAUGCAGUGAUGUUCUGCGUGACCUGUCCCAGCGAACCAAGCCUGUCAACACGGCCACCUUCUCAGCCACUGAGGUGGAACUGCUGCGAACGCGCGGAAAUCGAUCCGCUUACAAAGUCUGGAUGGGAAACUGGAACCCGACCGAGCACCCGGUGCCAGACGCCGCAGACACGCCACGCUUUCGCCAGUUUUUGCGCCUCAAGUACAUCGAGCGCAAGUUCUACGACCCAGAGGCUGAGCGAACGGUCGACGAGUACGGCGGCGUUGGGUCUGUCUUCGCGAACGGCAAAAAGACGCGCAUCGUGUCUGCCCCGCCGCAAAACUCCAACACGCGCCGGAGUUGGUACGAGGGCAUCACCAACCGAUUGCGACCGUCGUCGUCCGCGUCCCAACAAGCGCGGUCGCUGCAGUACGCCGAUAAUUCUCGCUCCGAGCGAUCGUCGGUGUCCUACUCUGUUGCGGAAGUCGAGGACAAUGCAUCCCUAGGGUCAAACGGCACCGGAGACAUUCCAACAUUGACAUGGUCUGCCAAAGUUGUGGACAAUGUUCGAAAAGAAGACGGUGCACAGGCAUUCGUGAUUGAUGUCGCGACCUCUCUCGGCGGACAACACUCUGUCAAACGCACAUACGAUGAAUUUUUCGACUUUCAAUGCGCGCUUCUUGACCAUUUUCCAGUCGAGGCGGGAACCACUGGCCAAAAACGCGUCAUUCCCUAUCUACCUGGCAAGAAAGUAUUUAUGACUGCACGGGUGCUAUUAGAACGGCAAAAGGAACUAAACGAAUACGUUCAGGAACUUUCAUUACUUCCGGAAGAGUUGCGAAGUUGGGAAAAGUUUCAAGACUUUUUCUGCUUUGGUGGCUCGUAGCGUGCAAUACCCGCUGGCGGUUGUUGUUGUUUAGACAUUGUUCUAAUUUUGCUUGAGUUCACAUAAAGACGC